AUGGGGUUUUCCCUUUUUGUUCUUCAACUUAUUACUUUUUCAGUUCUUACUAUUGCUCAAGAAGAACCUAAAGGGAACACCAAUGAUGUACAAAAUAAUUCUUCAGAUAAUAAAACCAAUAGCAAUUCCAACCUUUUAUUAUUAAUUCUCAAUGUGGUUCUUCUUUUAGCAAUUAUAUUGCUAUUGAUUCUUUACUACAACACAUCAAAAAAACUCAAUAGAAUAGUGAAGGGACACAUUUACACAUCUCAUGAACAAGAGAAAGAUGUUGAAACAAGUAUUAAUGUGAAGAGAGUUGAGAUAGGAGAAGGGACAACAAUGAUGACAGUAGAAGAGAGAAAGGAGUUAAUGUUUUUCAAUGAUGAGACAAAUUUUCAAAUGGGAGAACUUCUUAGAGCUUCUGCUGAAGCAUUAGGACAUGGAAUUAUGGGGAAUAGUUAUAAGGCUAUGUUGAAUAAUGGACAUAAUAUUGUUGUGAAGAGGUUAAGGGACUUGAAACCAUUUACUAAGGAAGAAUUUGCAAAGAUAGUGAAAAUUAUUGCUGAUCUUAAACAUCCUAAUUUGUUGCCUUUGCUUGCUUAUUACCAUUCAAGAGAUGAGAAGUUGAUGCUCUAUAGAUAUGCUCAGAAUGGAAAUCUUUUCUCUAGACUUCAUGGUAAUUUACAUCAACUUGGUCUUUUUUAUUCUGAAUUGUACCUUGAUAUAAUUUUUCUUGAAAUGGUAUCAUUUAUAUUGUGCCACAUAUGGUAUAUGGUGGAUCGAUGUUUGAAAAUUGUUCAAUCAAACUUUGACGAUGAUAAACGUCAUCACCUUUUUUGGGUCAUCUACGUCCUUAUAGUUGAGAUAGUGACCUGA